AGGAGUCGGUUCUCCGGCAGCGGCCGUUACUCUCCCCCACACUGAACCCAGCCCGGGUAAACAGUGUAAUAAACAGUGAUUAACUCCAGAUCCAGAAACACUGAACACCGAGCAGCAGCACCACCACCACCACCAGCCUGUGACUGCUCUCCCUCACCGACCAAUGGCGCUCAGCGACACUCCGCCGAGCCCAGCCUGAACGGAAGUGCACUCACUCAACAUUUGCUGUCUGGCGUCGCUGUUCCCGUUCCUGCAGCAGCGGCCUAACGUUAGGAGGAAUGUUUAAUAACAUUAACCGGGAGGGGACUGCAGAUAAACGCGCUGUAUGAUGCCGGAGAGAGCGGGUUUGUGGGAGAAGUGAGAUUGUGUGAUUUUUAAGCUGUAAAACCUCAUUCAUUGUUCCUGAACGGCUCGCCUUGUUCCGCCGCCGGAAGCUGUUCAUGCGAGAUUAAACAGGAUUCACAUCCAGGGAUGGACGGAGAAGCAGUAGCAGCAGCAGCGGGAAUAAUCUCCUCCAGCCUUUACUGUAAUUCUCUUCCUCACUAAGAGAACUGCUCAAACUGAUUCACCUACUGAACCCAGCCCGAGCAGUUCUUGUGGUAAUGCUGUCCAAUCCUCUGGCUGAUCCAAAAGGGGUACAGCAGGCCCCUAUAGCUGGAACUGGUCCACACCCACAGCCCAAACUCUAUGAAGAUCUAUUACUUAUGAGCUGUGGAGAAAGUACAGCGAGAGAGUGUGGAUCAGAGGAAAAAAUCCUGCGCUCUGUUUCGGAAGCUCAAACACUGUGUCGGGAUCCUCUCUGCUUGGACACGGAUAGAGAGGACAGUCAGACUUCUUCAGAGUUGAAGGAAACCGCUUUGGAAAUUGAUCCGAGACAGAAUAGUACCUACCUCCAAGCUGGCACAGAGCAAGUAAGCAUGGGCAAAGCCAGAGGAUGGGACCAGCCUUCCGCCUUCCCUCCUGCUCCUCCUGCAGGCCCAACAGGGGAUCAACUGGGCGCACUGGAGCGGUUCCUUGUGGCCCAUCAGACGGAGAUGAAGCGCAUGUUAACAGGUGCCUUGGGUUCCCUGACCCAGCGGUUAGAGGCAGUUGAGCGGCGGAUGGAACAGCUGCACACCCAGAGUACGCUGCACACUAACAGCUUAGACCUACUGCACAGCAAAGUUAACGAUUUACGAAGAGAUGGCUCCACUGGAUGUUCAAGUGUUCCAACAACACACAGUGUGGUCUCUCUCUGCACUUAUGAUAAGGGCUCAGUUGAACCAAACGAUGACAGUGAAAUGUCCACGGUCUCCUCACCAACAUCAAGUGGUGUUAAAUGUACAGUUGCUCCAGAACGAAGUACAGACAUGGAGUCUACUUCUUCACACAACCCCUUAAACCAACUUAAUGAAGACAACACCCAGGAUCUGACCCCUGAAAGCUUAUCUGGACUGGAGGAAACAUCUUCAGCACAGAGGGAAUGCUUACAGGGUAACUACUCACCUAUAUCAGACUUUGAAGAACUGGAAACAGAUUUGGAAGUUGUGACAAAGCAGGAAUUGAAAUCACUGGAGAAUUCUGUUCAAAGUUAUUCAAACAAAACUGUCUGCCAGGAGCCACUGUAUGACGUAUCAAAGUCUCAACCGCCUGAGAGUUCCCAACCAGGGCCUACAUUUCACUGUGGUAAAGAGUGUUUUGCAUCGAGUCUGUGUUUAUGCACGUCAGCACAACCUGAGUUGCCUUCUUUACCUGCAGAAGUUGAAGAUAAUGGGUGUUCUGGAGAGGUAAGCUCCUCAAUGGAGGUUAGUCCUAUUUCUUUGUGUUCCAAAACAGCAAAAUAUGAAUCAGUUGGUACGCUUGUCCUCUUGACACAUUCCACAAGAGACUUGGACGAAAAUGGGCCUCAAUGCAUUAACCAAACAUUUACACACUCCCUGCCUGAACAGCUUGGCUUUCAACUUAUUGACGACAAGCCUGAGGCUUCUUCUGGUUCUAGUUUGUUCAUCGCUCUACCCAGUGGAAUACAGGAAACAUGUAGUAAAGAUUCUAGUACAAGUACUUUACUCCAAAAAGAUGAGAAAUGUCUUGCUGAAGGGGCAGUUCAGUCUGGAAGAACCAUGCCCAAGACGAUCUUAUCAGUUUUACAGGGCAUUUCUGCGUCCGAUGUGGAAUUGCUUGCAUGUGUUAAAGACAAACCAACAGAAGAAAGCAGUUUUAUUGCAAGUCCUGAGGAGGAUAUGAAAGAAGUUUGUACACGUUUAGGAGAGCAAUCAAAGGAUAUGAGUUUGCAGAACUUGUCAAGGAAUGGUACAAUGCCCUAUGUAAAGUUAAAGUUCCCUAUUCGUGGUAAAAUACCAGUUCUUCGACCAUAUUCUCAUUGCAUGUUAGUGAACACCUUGGUGCCAUCUAUAAACUCUUACAAGACUUACCAAACAUCAGGGGGAUUGCUUUUGCCAACUGACUUGAAACUGACUACUAGUCCCAAAAAUGGACUAUCAAAGCUGCUGCUUCAACCAGGGAUACUAUCGAACCGUCGCACUACGAGUGAACUUCUGAAAGAACUGUCUGACACUGCCUGCCGCUUGAUGCCCUUUAUCACAUCUACCAACAUUGUCUUAUCCCAGACUAUGCCAGGUUACAGAAGGACUGUUUCAAAACUCAAGCACCACCAUGGUAGAGGUGGUUCCAAUUGUGGCUGGCCUUCAAUGAAAGGUGAAGUUUUUUCUCUUCCCUUUCCAGAACUGGACUACUCUAAGCCCUGGCAGCCUUUGGUGAUGCCCGGAGAUUCUCACAACUGUCGGUUUUCCCAGACUAAAGCUCUGGCCCAGACCCCUCAUACCUCCACAGUAUGUCAGCUGUUUGAUAGAGGUGUUGAUCCACAUCCAAUCCAACAUUUGACACAACUGUUUGAGACUGCCACUCGUUUCCCCAUGUCCAUUCUGAAUAAAGGGAGCUUCUCUGGGUCAGGCCUCAGCACAGUGCUGGCCAUAUCCUCUCCGGCCUCCUUCAGAUUCUGGUUUCGUCACAGACGCCUCAGCUGCCUCCUUACGUCCUUCUCCACGUCUACUGUCAAUAAGGUCAUGAACCAGAUUGUAGUGGAAACCAAGUCUGAGCCACUUCGACCGCUGAUUGACUACACUGGCCCACCAGGACUGGAUAAUGAUCACUGCUAUGCCCGACGGUCCAGUCAGGAGGCACCUCCCAGCAGGAAAAGGGCUUCAACACGGAAGUCCUCUUCUCAAUUUCCACGUCAGCUUACUAAGAUACAUCUUACGUCGGAGAGGAGCUCUGCUCACACUGCACAGCAAAGCCCCAGUCCCAAGUUAGAUAGAUCUCCCACUGAGCCUGUGCAAAGCUUUGCCCUCAUUGGUGCAAAUGUGAAGUACCCCUGCCGCCACAGCUGGGGCUCCUCCAGAGAGAGCAGCCAGGUGGGGCUUUAUGAUUCAGAAACUUCUGCACAGCCAGGACAGCGGUCUAAAAGGGUUUCUCAGAUUCGCAUCCGCAAGACUGUUCCCAAACCAGAUAACAACCUUACACCAAUGGGGCUUCCCAAACCAAAGAGAUUAAAGAAGAAAGAGUUUAGUCUGGAGGAAAUUUACACAAACAAGAACUACAAAUCUCCAACUCCCAACAGAAGCCUGGAGACAAUCUUUGAAGAGCCAAAGGAGAAGAAUGGGACGUUGGUGUGCAUCGGGCAACAAAAAAGAAAGCGUGUUUUAGACUUCCCCGAUUUCACUUUGCCCAGAAAACGCAAAGCCAAGGCCAACCCUAGUUUUGUGCGCAUGAAGGGUCCACGAGGACGAGCUCGCAGGGGGAAAAAUGAAGAUGCAGAUCUGGAUAUAAUGCUGAUUGAGCGACUGAGUGAAUUGGAGGACUUCUUCUCACGUCAAGGCCUAGAUGACUGAGCCCAGUCAGUGUUCAUGCUGAUAUUAGGACAGCUGGCACAGUUGGUGAUUUGUGAAUUUUAUUAUAAGUAUUGAAUUUGAUGGACUCCCAUUCAGAUUUAGAUUCAGUCUGGCAUUAAACAGUAUUUAUCCAUAUACACAUGAUGAUAAAAGAAUAAUUGAGACAAUAUGUACACACUGAAGAUUAAACCAAAACAAAAACAUCAACGUCAACACCGAUCAAUCUCAAACUGAAACCACUGUUAUGGCUACUAUUUUUUUUAUCAGGUACUUUAUGUAAAAUGUUAUGAACAUCCUAACCACUGCUUUCUACCAUAACACUGUUUUGUUUUGUUCUGAAUGACCAUAGAUUUGUUUUGCUGUUUGCUUAAUGCCAGAUUGAAGAUUUUAGGGUUGAUUUCAUUGGGAAAUAUGGCUUGUGCCAGUGAAUAUAGAUGACCCUUAUGUCCACAAAAUCUAGAACUAAUAAAUGGGAGUAUGCACAAAUCUAAACCACAGUUCUAGAGCUGUGUUUGAAAGCACAUUAUAGCCACCCAUUUUACCUAAGCACUUUCCACCUCCUACCUCACCUCACUGUGAGCAGCGUAUCUGCCCUUUCUCCUUCUUUGCCAAAUACACACAUCAUAAACUAAUCUUAUAAAUAAAUUGCCUAUUGCCAUUAUACAAGCAUUGUCUAUGCUUUAGCAUGCUAAAUAACAUCUUAAAGAUGCUCAUAGAGCAGAGUGUGCAGUUUUCUGUUGCUUCGCUGCCACUUUGGGGUCAAUGCCUUGGCUUUUCUGAUAACAAUUGAUUUACUGAACAUUAUAAUACAUUAAAUAAUUAAUUCUCUCUCUUCCUACUUACCACUGCUGUUGUAAUAACAAAUCUGGCCAGAGAUUUAUUUCCCUUUUGGCAGUUUACCACAUGAUUCACACACACUGAAACUUACUGUUCCAAAGAGUACAAAUAUAUACAAAGUACAGGAACUUUCAUUAGUUUGGUUUUGGCAGCAGUUGAUUUUGCUAAUGUAUUUUGGAUUUUUCUGUGUAAAUUUUACAGUGAGAACAUUGGGCUAAAUUUAUUUUGGCUUCUGGAACAGGAGGGAGUAUUGAACUCAGGUCCUGGAUUGGCUUUUUCUUUGAUAUUUCCUUCUAACUUCCUAUUAACCUGCUAUUCUCCGUGAUCUGUCUUAACUUGCCAGUAGGAGAAAAAAGCCAGGUAUUCUGUAUGUAAACCCAUACUUCACUUUUCACUUUCAUAACUAGGCUGCUCUUGUAUUUAAUGUAAGUUUCAUAGGCCCUAAAUUAGAGCCCUGUGGGACCCCAAAUCAAACAUUCACCAAUUAGUAAUAGGCUGCGUCUCAAUAGUUUACUACACACUAAUACUACAAGGUGUAUAUAUAAGAUGCUAAUCUUAAUAGUGUGGGUAUUGCAGGUUAGUGCACAAAAUAUAAAUGUAUGAUGCCGUUUCGUGUGAACAGGACGUGAUGAACCGUUACUGUGCCAACAUGCAUCCCUGCAAAUUCUCCAGCAGCUGUUGCUACUGUAUCAACUUUGUCGUUUGCAUACUAGAAACUAUUCAUUAGUGUUAUUAAUUAGUAAGCAGUUGGGACGCACCCCAUAGUUUCUGCAUUAGGGUUAAAAACUGUGAAUAGUUAACUUGGGCACCAAGGGAUAAACACAAACCUUUAUAAUUAGUGUCUGAGUUUAAUGUUGUUUAAAUUUUAAAUUGUGGUUAAAUAUUAAACUCUGCAGUGUAGUGACUCCUCAGGACUGGAGUUUGAAAUCCCAUGCUCUAGAAUGUGAAUUGAGUUGUUUCUCUAUUUUGGCCCAGGUGUAAAUCUAACAAAAAAAAAUCCUAAAUUUAGCCAUUAGGAUUUCUUUUACUCUUACCAGGAGCUUUUGAACUGAUGCCGUUUUUGGACAUAUACUAGCCCCACUAUAAAUACAUUUUUUACAGGCUAUCACUGAAUGCUUUGGGUACUAGAGUGUUUGGUUUUGUUUCCAAUGUGUAUGUGUUUUUUUUUUUUCUGAAUUUCACAUUUUUAUGGUGCUUCCUGCUUCCUAUAUGGGUAGAGAAAGUCAUCUUUAUUUAAUUUCUUAUUUAUUAGCAUUUCUCUAACAUAUGCUGCUAAAUUCUAUUGUGUGUAAUUCUAAUUGUUGAUUCAAAAUGGCCCAAGUCUUGUCUGUAGGAUGCACAUUUCCACUGCUGAGCAAUGCUUCUGCCUAAACACUCUUCGCUACAGUAUAAACCAUAAUUGUUAAGAUUUUCUAAGAAGUCAAGCUGUAUUUGUUCUUCUUUUAAAAAGCCUUGAUAGUUGUGAUUGGAUCUAUGAUCUUGUUUUAGCUUUGUCAAAUGUGUUUUAUCUUGAUAACCAGCAUAUCUGUGGUAAAAACAAAAUGGCCUUGUUUACAGUGUAAAAAUGCACAGUGUAUAUCAAGCUCAUGUAAUUGUGUGAAAGGGGUCCAUUUUUCCUUGUAAUAUAACAUACGUUAUACAUUAGGUAAGUAAGGACCUCACUGAGUAUGAGCUCGUGAAGACAAACAUUUAGACCUUAAUGCUAUUAAAAGUUUGGUAUGAAGCAGAAGUGGCAUCCAAGAUCCCUUAUUUUUUCAUGAUUGAUAUGUCUUUUUUAUUAUUAUUUUUACAUUUUACUCCCUUGUCAGUGUUCGAGAUCUUGCACCUGUUGGAUUUUUUUGUUUUCGUUUUUUUGGAAUGAUGCAAACCAACACUAAAUAUAGCCUAAGUACAGUGGAUUGGUGUAAUUUUUAUUUUAAUAUAUAUUUUAUGAAUAAAAUAAUGUUGACAUCA